AUGGCGGAGCCCGUAGCAUCGGAUGCGGCGGCCACAACGGACGCAGUAACAGCGGCAGCAUCCCCGACCCCGGGCCUCUCUCCCGCAGGCAGCCCGGGCUCAGAGCCUCCAUCCAUGGCUCUGUCUCCCACGGCGGACGGCUCCCAGCGGCUGCUGUUCUCCCACGACCUGGUCUCCGGGCGGUAUCGCGGCUCAGUCCGGUUUGGCCUCGUACGGAUGAUCCACGGCGAGGAGGAUUUUAACUCAGACUCGGACCUCGACGAUGGCGGCGGCGGCGGCGGUGGUGGUGGUGGAGGAGGAGGAGGAGGAGGAGGAGGAGGAGGUGGUGGUGGUGGUGGUGGUGGCGGCGGCGGCGGCGGCGGCGGAGGAGGAGGAGGACGAGUUCCGUGUGGUUCGGACACUGAGAGCGCUGUGGACACCCCGAGUCGGCCUCUCGUUAGGGGAUUUGUCCGCGUCCAGUGGUACCCCGAAGGAGGAAAGCAGGACAUCAGGGAGACAAAGCUGAAACUUGAAGAUCGAUCUAUUGUCAUUAGAGACAUCGUGCGACGAAACAAUUCUAAUGACAACCAGUGUGGUAUUGUGACCAACAUUGACAUCGAGUGUGCAGUGAAACUAGUGGGAACAAACUGUGUUCUGUAUCCAGUUAACAGCAAAGACCUGCAGCACAUCUGGUCUUUUAUGUACGGCGACUACAUCGCUUACGACUUCUGGCUGGGGAAAGUGUACGACCUGACUAAUCACAUCAUCCUCAAGCUCUCCAAUGGAGCUAGGUGCUCCAUGAGUGUGGAGGACGGUGCCAAGCUUUACGACGUCUGUCCACAUGUCAGUGAUUCGGGGCUGUUCUUCGACGAGGCGUAUGGUUUCUACCCAGGCCAGGUCCUGAUUGGUCCUGCCAAAGUCUUCUCUAAUGUACAGUGGCUGUCAGGGGUCAAACCUGUCCUCAGCAGGAAGUGCAAGUUCCGGGUGGUGGUAGAAGAGGUAAAAGUGGUAGAACUGAAGGUGACGUGGAUCACCAAGAGCUACUCUCCCAAAGGUUCUGACAGCGUCUAUCCUCCUCCCUCCACCAUCACACAGGAAAAUCUCUGCAGGGUGAGGCGUCUGGGAUACUAUGACCACACCCAGAGACAGCUGGGAGAGAGGGCCCUAUAUGUUUUCCCUGCUAAGGGGGACGCCACGCGCAUCACCUGUGAAGGACCUGAGGGUGCCCCUGUCCUGCCCGAAGACCCCAUGGCCAGAAAGUUGAAAAGGAUGUUUAAGAAGGAUUCGGGGAAGAAGACGGAGAAUGCCGAUGCACAAGGCGAGCACAAAUCAGAGCAGACAGACUCGUCUCAUCCCAACAACAACAACAACGGGCCUGUGGUUCCCAUCCAGAACCCUCCGGACCCCCAGAACACCAACGACACCUCUGCUGAGCAUGGGGAGCAGGAUGCUGACGAUGAGGCUGCAGAAGACACUGACGAUACCAGCUCUCUGACGUCAUCGGCCAGCUCCACAGCCUCUUCUCAGAGCGGCGGUCUGGGAACCAACCGGAAGAAGAGCAUCCCGCUCUCCAUCCGCAACCUGAAGAGGAAGCAUAAGAAGAAGAGGACCAAGUUUUCCCGCGAGUUCAAGCCUGGAGACCGUGUUGCAGUGGAAGUUGUAUCCACAAAGACCACGGCUGAUGUGAUGUGGAAGGACGGGCGGGUGGAGAAGGGGAUCCGAUCAAACGACCUCAUCCCCAUCCAGCACCUCGACAGCCAUGAGUUUUGUCCCGGGGACUUUGUAGUGGACAAACGACCCCAAGCCCUGCAGGACCCAGGAGUGUAUGGUGUGAUCCAGUCUGGUGAUCACAAGGGCAGAACAUGUGUCGUCAAGUGGAUCAAACUCAACUCCGCCAGUGAGGACGUGGAGGUUAUCGGCAUCGAGGAGGAUGUCAGCGUGUACGACAUCGCUGAUCAUCCAGAUUUCCACUUCCGCACUACCGACAUCGUCAUCAGAAUAUGGAACUCUGAGAACGGACAGAACGACUGCGAAAAUGAGACGUCAGUUGGCCAGGUGUCCAGGGUGGAUGUGAGCAGCAAAGUGGAGGUGGUGUGGGCGGAUAACUCCAUGACCAUCGUCCUGCCACAGCACCUCUACAACGUGGAGUCUGAGAUCGAGGAGACCGACUAUGACUCGGUGGAGGAGACGAGCAGCGUCCUGUCCACUGAGGAGUGGGAGGACGAGAGCGACAGCUGGGAGACGGAUAACGGCCUCACCACUGAGGACGACGGCCAUGUCAACAAUGCCGAUGUCACCGAAACAGCGACCCCAACCCCCACGCCCACUGGCUCCACGACGUUCAUCAUCCCCCCUCAAGAGGGCAGCAAAGCCGGGGUCACCAGCCCCAUUAAAGGGGUCCCUGGAGAGGAGGGAGAGGCGUCUGUGGCUGUCGCCAGUCCUGCUUCUGCAGGAGGAACCAUUCCAGGGGCAGUCAACGGUGCGGAGAAGCCCAGUAAAGAUGGUGGUUCUCGGGGCUUCAGGGAGUUGAAAGAGGCCUUGAAGAUCCUGGAGAGCCUGAAGAACAUGACUGUGGAGCAGCUCUGGACCGGCGGUUCUCCAACCUCCCCGACCUCCGCCGAACCCGCUUCCACAACUCAUGUAGCAGCUUCGGUGACACCAACGGCCCCGGAGAAACCCACCAAGGAGAAACGCUUCUUGGACGACAUCAAGAAGCUGCAGGAGAACCUGAGGAAGACGCUGGACAACGUGGCGAUUGUGGAGGAGGAGAAGAUGGAGGCCGUGGUGGAGGCAGGGGGGAGUGCAGGAGCAGGGACAGAGGCAGAGAGAGCUGGAGAGGAAAAGCCCCAGCAGGAGCCGCAGACACCAGUGGGUGGACAAGAAUGGCCCAGUGAGUUUCUCAGUGACACACCAGUACUGUGCCAACAGAGUGGAGGCAAACCUGGCGUCACCUUCACCAGUGCCAAGGGAGAGGUGUUCUCUGUGCUGGAGUGGGCACCAGACACACACUCAUUUAAGAAAAUGGAGUUUCAGCCAGCGGAGGCAAAGAAGUUCUUCAGCACAGUGAGGAAGGAAAUGGCCCUACUGGCAACGUCACUGCCAGACGGCAUCAUGGUCAAAACAUUUGAAGAUCGUAUGGACCUGUUCUCAGCUCUGAUCAAAGGGCCGACUCGUACGCCCUACGAGGACGGUCUGUUCCUGUUUGACAUCCAGCUGCCCAACAUCUACCCAGCUGUACCGCCUCUGUUUCGCUACCUGUCGCAGUGCAGCGGCCGCCUCAACCCCAACCUGUACGACAACGGCAAGGUCUGCGUGAGUCUGCUGGGCACCUGGAUUGGCAAGGGCACUGAGAGAUGGACCAGCAAGUCCAGUCUGCUACAAGUCCUCAUCUCCAUACAAGGCCUUAUCCUCGUCAAUGAGCCUUACUAUAACGAGGCUGGCUUCGACAGUGACCGAGGCCUACAGGAAGGAUAUGAGAACAGCCGCUGCUAUAAUGAGAUGGCUCUGAUCAAGAUGGUCCAGUCUAUGACGCAGCUCCUCCAGAAUCCUGUGGAGGUCUUCAAACAGGAGAUCCAGGAGCACUUUGUUUCUAACGGCUGGCGGCUCGUCCACCGUCUGGAUGUGUGGCUCGAGCUAAACGACGCUGCUGAGAGGGGUCAGGCAGCGCACAUGUCCUCCAGGGCUCAGCACUCAAAAGACCGACCUUCAUCUGUGGAGCCUCUGGACGAGCAGCUGCCCCUAGGAUCGGGGCCCGUGGCGGUGGCCCACAGCAGCCCCAGUAAGCCUGGGGAGGAGGGGGUCACGGGAGCAGGAGUUACCAGUAUUAUGGAGGAAGAGCUGGAGGAUUCAGGGCUGAGUCCCUCCACUACAGCGGCCUCUCAGCAGGAGCUGAGCCAGAACUCAGACUGCGACAGCACCCAGGGGAACGCCUCUCUAGGUGGUGAAAACAGGGGUGUCGCUACAGUCCCUGGCUCUGUAGGCCACGGCGGGACGUCAGAAUCAGGUUCAACCACGGUUAGCGGAGGAGGGGCGGGCUCCACGGGAAGUCAGCAGGUGGUGCGACCAAAGAAACGGAGAAAGAGCUACCGGAGUUUCCUCCCAGAGGGCAGCGGCUACCCGGACAUCGGCUUUCCGCUCUUCCCGCUCUCUAAGGGGUUUGUGAAGAGCGUCCGAGGUGUGCUGCUGCAGUACCGAGCUGCGCUGGCCGCCGCUGGCAUCACUGAGCACACAGAGGACAAUGUCUCUGCAGAUGAGUGUGAUGACUAAAGAGGGGUGGACCUCACAUGCCCAGUUACACAAACCUAUGGGAGCUACCCCGUCACAUGGGAACCCUCAUCUGUUCAUGGACGCAGGUAAACACCUGGAGCUUUUACUGGAGGCUGUCAAAGUUUCUCUUUUGGCCUCAGCAGGACUUUGACUUUAGUGGAGGUGGUGUGGAUGCGAAAAGGACUGAAUGAGAUGAAAAAUCAGUGCCAUGAACCCUCUUCCACCCUCCACAUCCACCUAGCUUCCAGCAGCAUCCACCAUAAGAGUGGGGGAUUUGCUGGAUAACCACUCUGCCGUCUCAAUCAGCCUGAAAAAUGUAAAGCAGAUUCGUGAUCGUCUCUGCAUUUUGGACGAGGUCAAAGAUGGCUGGAAAAACAGCAAGGUCCAGCUCUCCUGGUUGUUGGGUCAACUGCGGCUAUCUGUAGCACUACUGAUAUUAUCGCUGUACCAUCCUGCACUACAACAAACGAAUGGACAAUCUGGUCUGGGAGAAUGACGCCGUAUAAAUACACCGACCAGAAUGAUUCUUUUUAAAUAGAAAUCACUGGUUGUAUGCUUUUUGCCAAAUUCUCUCUGUCACACACAGCGUGCACACACAUACAUAUUCAAGUAGAACGUACUGAAUGUCAGUAAAACUGCCAACCACGUCAGCUUCGCCACUUCUUCCACUACACGUGCUGGUAUUUUCCUUCGCCAAUCACUCGCACUUAACCACACAGCAAACAUCGAGUGACAAAGUUUACAUACGAAUCGCCUCUGGUGGCAGACUGCUGUAGCUGUUUGGUGUGUAGAGAAGCCAGCCGGCACAGGAGGACAACAGCCAGGUGGCUGUACGUGAAGCUGUUUGUGCUCUAGUCGAAGCUCAGCACAGCUGCCGCCUCUACAUACAAAAGUUCCAUUCACUUUCUGUAGAAUUUAGCAAAGUUUUUCGAUCGCCGAAAUGAAACUUGCGCUUUGGUGUUUUGAUGCGUUUGAGGUCGUUUUACGGAGGCUGAUCUGUAGGUUUCAGAGUGGAGCUCUGUCCACUUUUCCGUGACAGAGGUGAACCCACAUCCCUGCAAAUGACACAAUUGAAAUAAUACGUAGAAGACAAGAAACAUACAGCAUCCAUUCCGUCAUCUCAUGUCAACAUGUUGCCUUACUUGAAUUGUUUUUAAUGAUCUCAAACCAUUGUGUACAGAGCUGUUUGUGUCAUGCUUUAGACAUUAACCGAUACAGACCUAGACACAAACUAAAAACCACUAAAACCCUGUUCCAGUGUUUUCCUCCUUAAUAGUGCAGAUCUCUGAUCAGUUUCCCGCUUUAUCAGUUCUUAAACAUGAGUCUCUCACACUGCAGCCAUCUCGCUGUAUUCAGAUUUUUCCUCCAAAUUGCACGUGCAGAGUUUAAUAACAUCCAAAUACAAGCUACAGUAAGUGUGAUGCUGAAGGUUUGUUGAUAUUACAGUUAUUUUGCUUAAUUAUCAUUUUCUGUUAUUUCCCCCAACUCGAGCAUCUUGUCCCACGAAGGCGACUGCUUACCCCACUGACGAGAGAAAAUUACACAGAUUACAGCACGCAGACAAAACUUGAGCUGAUGUGACUGUUGUCUACUAUCUACUUUUCUUUCUCCGCAUGGCAUAUAUUCAGUCUGGUUUUAUUUACCAAGUUACCAUGAAACAGACUGUGCUGUAAUUAGCUGUGAAAGAAAGUGAAACUCACCUUUGGGUCCAAUCGUGCUUCCUGGGGAAAUCAGAGCUGUCUUUGUUUACAUCUUUUUUAAAUAACUGCAUCUCACCUCUAACAUAAUGCAUAUUACAAUUCUCAUUGUAAUAAUAGUAAUUAUUAUGAUUCUAAUACAGGUCAGACAAACCCACUUGUGCUCGCUAGAACCUGUGAAAUAAACACGAGAGCGUUUUUACUUGAACAAAGAACCUUGAUGCUGAAGAGUGUUUCUGAAUGAGAGUGCACACAGUGCCAUUGUGAAACUACGAGUGAUGGGAGAAGAUUAAAAACCAUGAGCCAAGAGUUGCUGCGUUUUAAAAAGACUUAAAAAUAGAGGUCCUGAAUGAGGGUAUUUUGUUUUGCUUUGUCUUAAUUUUUUUCCUCCCACGACUCUUUAAAACUGGCAUUCCUGUACCAGAUGUGGCAAUCAGGCAUCCAUAUUUUGUCUUCUUCCUGGAUUUUACUUCACCUUCAUUAUUUCGCUGCCUUUAAUGCUACAGAGGAGGAUGUGCUGUCUUCUUCACUGGCUGCUGUAGCAAUUAGCUUUGUUUGCUUUCUUGUCUCCUGUGUUUUCCCUCCACAUGCUGCUGCUGUUUGUAAAAUGUCACCUUCACAAUUCUUGGAUGAGUGUGUUUUCAACGGUCAGAGCUAAACUCUGAAGACACAAAAAGAAAUGGGCCAUGGGUACAGAGUUUUGGAAAGGUCGAACACACACUUUACACACAGCUUCACCGAGAGUUGAGAGGUGACAUUGUUGCUCCGUUUUUCAUCCUCUUUCUUAUUUGUCAACAGUCGCAGAAACAGAAAAUGUGAAGCUAUCUCACUAGAUUUCAAAGCAGAUCUGGCAGGAUAUCAAGCACUUGAUGAUGUACAAUUUUCUGUGUAUGUGUGUAUAUUAUUCAGAUUUAAACCAUUAUUAUUAUUAUUAUUACUGCGAGAUGUUUGUUUUACAGCCAAAGCAUGUAACAUGUUGCUUUAAGCCUUUUUGAAUGGGCUACACACAAGACUUGACUGUAUGAUGUCUACAUUUCCACAGUGGCCUGUUAUUGAUAUAUUAAAAAAAUAACUAAUAAAGUUAUGAUUUGUAGCCUGAUUCCCUCUGUACAGAUGUCAUGACAAUAUUGAAAUAUAUAAAUACAUACCGUAUAUAUAUUUAACACAAACUUGAGUUCUAAUAAGUCACGUGGCUGCUUGGGGCAUAUAUACAAACUGCUGAGUGUUAUUGUACUUAAGAUUCCAUUUUUCAUUUUUUAAUGGUUUACUUUUGUUGCGUUAAGACAACUGUAUAGUGAUGUAUUAAACUUUGCAAGCAGUACCAUA